AUGGCCAAAAUUUUGAGAAAACCAGAAUUGGCUGGUCGGUUGGUGACAUGGACAAUUGAAUUAUCCCAAUAUGACAUCCAUUUCGAGAACCGAUGCCCCCUUAAAGCCCAGCUGCUAGCCGACUUCAUCAACAAGUUUACGACACAACAUAAUACCAUUUCAGACAUGUGGAACCUGCACGUUGAUGGAUCAUCAAAUCAAUCAGGCAGUGGAGCGGGGGUCAUUCUUGAAGGACCGAAUGCGUUCGCCAUUGAACAGUCUAUCCGGUUCGGAUUUAAGGCAUCCAACAAUCAAGCCGAAUAUGAAGCUUUACUUGCCGGUCUCAGGCUAGCAAGGGAAAUGGGAGUUAAACGCAUUACUGCUUGGAGUGAUUCAAAAAUUGUAACCGAACAAGUGAACGAUAUCUAUCAGAUCAGGGACUCGGUCAUGCUUAAAUAUUACCAGGAGGUUAAGAAAAUAAAAACCGAGUUUGAGGAGGUAUGCAUUCGGUACACACCCCAAAACAUGAACGCACGAGCCAACAGGCUAGCUAGGCUGGCUAGCCAACGGAAACCAGGGCAGCUGCAGAGCAUGGUUCACCAACAAAUCCCCCAACCUAGUAUCACCAAGCAAGAAUGCAUGGACAUAGAAAAUUCGUCUCAUAAUUGGAUGACCCCUCUUGUCCGAUACCUCACUGAUGGCAGUCUCCCGCAGGACGCAGCAGCAACUAGGAAGAUUAAAGCACAUGCAGCCAAAUACCUUCUUCUCGGCAAAGAAUUGUAUCGAAGAGGAAUUUCUACCCCCAUGCUUAAAUGCCUAGAAGACGAUCAAGCUAAGUACGUGAUGAGAGAAAUCCAUGAAAGUAUUUGUGGAACCCAUUCGGGCGGACGAACUAUGGCAGCCAAAGUGCUCAGGGCCGGAUACUACUGGCCAACAAUAACUCAAGACUGUCAGUUGUUUGUAAAAAGAUGCAUUCCCUGUCAACAACACGGCCCUCACCUGCGCCAACACGCCGAUACCCUUCGGCACAUUAGCGCUCCUUGGCCCUUCGCUAUUUGGGGAAUGGACCUCCUCGGUCCUUUUCCCUUAGCAAAAGGGCAAUGUAAAUUUCUCCUCGUCGCCGUGGACUACUUUACCAAAUGGAUUGAGGCCGAACCCCUAGCAUCGAUCACGGCCCAUAACGUACAAAAAUUCACUUGGAAAAACAUCAUAACACGGUUCGGUCUCCCUCAUGCACUAAUUACAGAUAAUGGGCUUCAGUUUGCAAAUCGGCGAUUCAACGAGUUCUUGGCAGGCCUGCAUAUCAAACAUAGAGUUACAUCUGUUGAACAUCCAUAG